AUGCAUCACUUCCGGGUUCCUCCACAUCAACCAUGUCAUCCGUUAUCGCGGAAAAUCAUUUCCGGGUACAUCGGACGGAAAGAGAAGGUCCGAGAGGAAGCGCGCGCAUUACCAGCAGCAGCAGACGUUGAGAAGUGGACAGUUGCACCAGUAGAACCGGAUCAGAUGCCACAGAUCCGAGAAACAGCGCUUGCCUCGAAACUCAGCAAAGCCAAGGAAACCAACAAACGGAAUCGAUCGAAAACGUUUCAAAAAUACAAAGACUUAGCUAUGGAAGAAGAAGCGAAGCGGAUUUUUGAGUUGUUCGACUACUCCGUGGAGCAGGAAGACGAGAAGAUCUUGAAGCGGAGUAACGCGGCGUUGGGGCACCAGCAGCAGCACUCGGUACGCCACGAGGGCAACCACCACCACCUGCACCACCGACGGCGCCACCGCGGAGGAGGCUCGGCUUCCGGCUCCGCCGCGGGUUCCUCAUCCGCCGCAGCGGGCUCAGCGUCGUCUCAUCUUGACAGUGCCAACGACAAGUCCGGGCACGCCUUCGCGAAAGACGGACUGGCUGAACAAUACGACUCUGCCCAGCCCCUGGGUUCCGGGUUCCUCGGGGUUUGCGCCAGCAUCAUGGUGAAAGAAAAACUGACGGAGACGUUCGAUGCUGACGGAAACUUGGUUUCAAUCAUCCAGCGUCCUGGACAGCAGCAAGAGAUUUACUACGAGAAAUGUUUGAAAGCAGAAGUGAAAUGUGCCGGUAUCGACGAAGUGCGGUUCGACUCGAAAUGCGAACAGGACUUCGGCUUCACACAAAUGUUGUUCCGACGACACGGCGAAGACGGAAAAGCAACGGGCCCGACACUGUGGGGAUUCGUGCGAGUGCCACGAUCCUGUUCUUGCAAAAUCCACCGAAAACAGUCGGCAGCAGACUUAUUCGUGAAACACUCGAGCAGCAGUCUACUAUACUGAGCAUGUGGUCAGCUGGUUUAUAUAAUUUUCAUAUAGGACUUAGGGCUGGAUGCCAAACAAUUUGUAUAAAGGAAAUUUUUGGAACGCCAUGUUUUUUUAAGGACGUUGGUUACGCACGAGGAUGUGUUUUUUUCCUCUUCCCUCCUUUGUAUAUUUCCACGUUUUUUUCGAGCGGGAAUCUCAGCAAUGAUGGUUGUUUUCGUCACGAUUUUUUUUUGGUCCGUGUUGGACACGUUGUGGUUGUGCAGC